AUGAAACAUGACCUUGAUUUUCUGCGUCUUAAAAGCGCUGGAGGGGGCUAUUCCCCCAGAGGCCCUCUUGAAGCUCAAAAUGUCCCAUUGCGCGUAGUUCUUCCCUCAGCCUACAAGCUCAAGCCCGUCGCUCCCAAGAUGAAGCUCUCCACCACCCUCGCCGUCCUCGCGGCCGCCGCCGCAGAGGCACACUACACCUUCCCAAGCAUAGCCAACACCCCCGACUGGCAAUACGUCCGCCAAACCUCCAACUACCAAUCCAACGGCCCCGUCACAAACGUCAACUCCCCCGACAUCCGCUGCUACCAGCUUCGCCCCGGCUCCGGCGCCCCCGGGACAUACACCGUCGCCGCCGGCUCAACCCUGGCCUACAACGCCAAAGCGUCCAUCUCUCACCCGGGUCCGAUGGCAGUCUACAUCGCCAAGGUUCCCGCCGGCCAAACAGCCGCGACCUGGGACGGGAGCGGCAAGGUCUGGAGUAAGAUUUAUCAAGAUAGGCCGAAUCUAGGGGGGAGCAUGACUUGGCCUAGCAACGGGGCGAGGAGUAUUAAUGUGCCGAUUCCGAGGUGUUUGCAGAAUGGGGAUUAUUUGUUGAGGGCGGAGCAUAUUGCUCUGCACUCGGCGGGGAGCGCGGGCGGGGCGCAGUUUUAUAUCAGUUGUGCGCAAAUUACUGUUACUGGCGGGUCUGGGACGUACAGCCCGAGGAACCAGGUGUCGUUCCCUGGGGCUUACAGCGCUACUGACCCCGGUAUCAUGAUCAACAUUUACUAUCCUGUGCCCACGAGCUAUACCCCUCCUGGUCCGGCGGUUGAGACUUGCUAGAUUGGUCGUUGUAGGUCAGGACAGGGGUCCAGGGGUCCAGGGGUUCAGGGGUUGAAGUUGGGGGCGGUUUGGUGAGCAGAUGUCUGGCUUGAGAGUGGUGUACAUGUAAAGUUCAUGCCGCAAAUGCAAGGGUUCGUGGCUGUUAUUACACUCAAAUCCAAGACUGAUGGUGUACGUCUCUUGAGUCUUGUCAUUAAUUUUUAUCACCUUCAUCGGGGACUCACGAGGACCAAAGUGGGCUGAAGGUUCCAGAUAUGAAAUGAUGCGUUCAAAAACGACAGUCUCGGUAUAACCUAACAAUCAAACAUCAAACCGUGACGCAUAGGGCACACACAUCAGGCAGUAGCCUCGUCAGUCGAAUAUCCAUCCCGCUCAUCAGCCCC